AUGCGGCGCACGUCGGGACACGUGUUUCUGACAAGUUUGCUGAUACUACUUCGAGCACGUCGAGCGGACGCAGCUACCGAGGAUUCCCCCGAAUUCUCGAACAAAGGGUCUACGACUUUCGCUCUUACAGCGCCGCUCAGAUUGGUGUGGGCCAGCAAGGGGGAGGACGUGGAAUUGCCCUGCGACAUUACUCCACCGACCCCCAACGACUCCGUCAACAUGGUGCUCUGGUUCAAAGACACCGCGGGGAUACCUCUUUACAGCUUGGACGCGAGAAGCAGGGAUCUCGCUUCCGCCAUUCACUGGGCGGUCAGCGACGAUCUUGGAAAGAGGACCUACUUUCAAAUCGGCAACGGGCAUCAGGCAAAGUUGAAGGUGACCAAGGUCACGUACAAGGACCAGGGGAUCUUCAGGUGCAGGGUGGAUUUUGUAAAUUCUCCGACGAGAAACUUUCGCGUGAAUCUGACUCUCGUCGAGGAACCAUCCAGGCCUGUGAUAUACGAUGCUCAGGGGCGAGAGGUGACAGGGGUGGGCGGACCCUUCUUGGAAGGUUACAACCUCGUCUUAAUCUGCCAGGUGUCCGGAGGAAGGCCGAAGCCUACGGUUACGUGGUGGAUGGACGGCGAAAUAUUGGACGGCGUGGACGACACGCCGCACAUCGGCUCCCCGAGCAAAUUCACGGAGAACCAACUUUUCAUCGCGAACGUGACGAGAUCGUUGUGGGGAAAGAAGCUGGAGUGCAGGGCACAAUCGCCACCGAUGUCCGCCCCUAUCGUUCGUGAAGUCCCUCUCGACAUUUAUCUGAAACCGGCCCUCGUAAAGAUCGUUCUGACGGAGGACCAGAUCUACGCGAAUCGGCCGAUCACGGCACGUUGCGAGACAUGGGGGAGCUCGCCCGCGGCGAGGGUGGUGUGGAGGCUGGGCAGACAGGUGAUAGGCGACUCGAACGUGUCCACCACCCAGAGAAGCAAUUCCACGGUCAGCAAACUGCCUCUGAUCCUUGGCAGGGACGACAAUGGGAGGAAAUUAACUUGCAGGGCCGAGAAUCCCAGAUUUCCCGGCGGGAUCCUCGAGCAGACCGAGAUCGUGGACGUUGCCUACGGCCCGGUCGUGUCCAUCGAUCUGGCAACCGGUUACGUUCUGGACACGCUUAGGGAAGGAGACGAUCUGAAGCUCGUGUGCGACGUGGACAGCAACCCACCUCCGACCAGAAUCGUUUGGUAUCGCAAGGAUAAUCGAUUGGAGCACGAUGUGGCCGACGGAACGUUGAUAGCCUCGAACACGUUGACGUUGAGGGUGCUCACUCUGGCUCAUGCAGGCGAGUACUCGUGCGAGGCGAUCAAUUCCGUGGGAGAGGGUCGCAGCCCACCGAUCUCGGUCCGCAUGAAAUAUGCUCCGAGAUGCAGGGCGGGCCACGAGAGGCGCGAGGUCACAGCCGGUCGUUACGAAACGGUGUCGCUUCGCUGCGAGGUCGACUCGGUUCCCAAAGACGGUGUGAGAUUCUCGUGGACGUACAACGGGACGCUUGGUGACGUGUUGCCAAUGCCAAACUCGAAGGCUCGGAAUAACGGGCUCGUUAGCGUUCUCGAGUAUACCCCCACCGUCGACACCGACUUUGGAACUCUCGCCUGCUGGGCGAGCAACAGCGUCGGAAGACAAAGGACGCCUUGCAUAUUCAACAUCGUGGCUGGAAAGCCACCGCAGCCGCCGUCCGACUGCUCGCUCCACAACGAGACCACCUCCCUCCAAGUGAAUUGCGUCCCAGGCGCGGACGGCGGUACGCCGCAGUACUUUUUGCUCGAAGUUCGGGGGACGCCGAGGGACCCGACGGUGGGCGAGGCGCCGCCCAUAUACCAAGAGAGAAACCCGAGGCCGAGUUUCCAGAUACGUGGCCUCGACCCGGCCUUCGAUUACACUUUGUACGUGUACGCGGUGAACGGGCAGGGCAGAAGCGAGCCGCUCCUCUUGGAGAACGUGAGGGUCGGCGAGGUGAUGGUGGGCGAGAAGAUCGAGAGGAACGGCCUGUUCCUCGAGGAUCUGAAGAAAGCGCUGCCCAAGAGCAGCCCUGAGAACAUGAUCAUCGUGGUCGCGUUGACAGGUACAGGUGCGGUUGCUUUGAUCUUGAUCGGGAUCGGCGUGAUCAUCGGGCUGGCCAUCUGCAGGAGAAGGAGCGCAUUGCCGGUAAAAGAUGGGCCGGACGAUUUCACCAUCCCGACCUACGUUUCCGCUCAAAGGAUCGAGCCAAGGAUCAGAUACUCGGGCGACAGCAGGCGAUCUCAAAGAGCGAGCUUGUACAUCGAGGAAAAUCGAAACGAGCCUGACCUCCUGCAAAGGGUCGAGAUCGACGUACACGAUUAACGUUCGUUCUU